AUGUUCAAGGAAGAUGAGUCGACCAAUGUCUUUGCGAUUCCAGACUUUUGGGAGUCAUCCAAAUGGAUAGAGGACCAUCUGCCCCAGGCCGAUGCUGGUUUCUUUGCGCCCGACCUAGCAGAAAAAGAGUCGUCGUCCCUUUAUAACCUUCCCGAUCCGAACCCCAGCAAGCUUUUCACGCUUCCCGCAAUAGAUCCUGUGACGGAGCAGGAGGCACCAACUGCCACAGAGACCCCGAAUGCCACUCACGGGGAACCACUUGUCGAAGGAGAUGUUGAAAAGGACGACUUUUGGCUGUCUCUCGAACGGCCCGCGUGGAACAAUCCAGAGUACAUGACGUGGGAGAACUUCGAAUCUCGCGACACCCUCUCGACAAAACCACUUUUCAUAUCAGAAGCUGGUCCCGGUGCGUUUGAUGCCUUGAUAGCGCUGAGGGAUGACCCUUUACAUCUGGGAGGCGCCGAUUUUACUGUGGUAGAGACAGGCCCUUAUUGCAAUGCGCUGAUGGCCCUGGCCCUCGGCCGAGAGUCGGUCUUCUUCUCCUGGCAAAACGAAGCCGAGUCCUUCAAGCCCGCUUUGCCACAGAUCAGGAUCUCCGCCUACUCCGGCAAGGCUAUUCAGGAAGUUCAACGCUCCUGCUUGAAGUGUGGAAACACAUACCGCCGACUGCGCAAGUUCGUUGACACUACCUACCUGAAGAGCCCGACGCCUUGUCGGGUUGCUCUGGCGAGUGCUGUAGACAAGGCCCUCUUGGUCAUUCAGAGCAGUGUUGCUUUACACCAUCAACACCCGCAGUCGAUCCUUCAAGUCCAGUCCCUUGUUGUCCACACUUACACCAUUCUUCGUCAGUUCGAGUCUUUGGUAUCAAAAAUACGACGUGAUCACCUGGAUGAAGAUGUGUUUGACAUCGUGUUCCAGCAAGCCCAGUCUGCCGAGUACGCCGAGACUCACCUCAGAGACAUGAUGCGGGAAGUGCUCCGGCGGGUGUCCAGGCCUUGGAUUGAGCUGGUUGAGGAGUGGAUCGGCACCCGCCGCGAAGUUGGCGUGCCGCUGGGCAAGCAUGAGGUGGGCAGGCAGAAGGGCUUCAUCAAGGUCGAAUCCGAGACCUACAUUGACGACUUCGGCGACGAGGUAGACGAAGUUGAUUACCGCUUAGACAAAAGGCGGAUUCCUAGCUUCAUGCCAGAAGACGUGGUGGAUUCUCUCUUCGAGGUUGGGCGGAAUCUCCGUUUCAUCAGGUCAACGCACCCCAAACAUCCCUUGGCGCAAGACAAUGUCAUCGUUUCCAGCAGACCCCCUAUGUUAGAGUGGUUGUUUGACUGGAGCUCUAUUGUACAUCUUGAAGGUAGGGUCCAGACGUACGAGCGAGCACUACGAGAAGGUGUGAGCACCUAUGCUACACAAAAAUCGACAGAAGCCGAUACACCAGCAUGGCCGAUGGGUUGUCCAGCAACAUACCAGCUUCAGCUGUUCGGCUUAGAUGAGAACCAGUUGCAGAACAAACUGGUCGCAUCCAUCCAUGACUUUGCCCAACCAAUCGCCGACUCAACAGCUGAAGACCCGCUCGGAAUCAUCAUCAGGGAGCGCCUAUCUGAUGUUACAACGGAAGCUGCAAACGCCGGCACCGAUUUCACCCCACAUUGGUCGCUACUUCCGGUUCUUUCGUUCGGAUCGAUCAUUUCUGCACAAUCCAGGGUCAUCGGCAGGGAAAGUCUGAAGUUGCUCUUCACCACUCAUAAUCUACGUGACCAUUUAAAACUGCAAAAAGCGUUCCAUCUCCUAGGCAAUGGCUUCUUUUGCAGUCGCCUCUCCCAUGCACUUUUCGAUCCGGAUCUCGAAACGGCAGAGAGACAAGCCGGCGUUGCCCGCCAGGGUGGGGUCAUGGGACUUCGGCUAAGUGGUAGAGACACUUGGCCCCCGGCCAGUUCGGAAUUGCGUCUAGCACUGAUGGGGGUUUUGACGGAGAGCUACGACGGGCCUGUUCAAGAAGACGCCAAGUCUCGAGAUGGCGAAAAGAACGAGCUUCCCGGCGAUUUGAGCUUUGGCGUUCGAACAUUAUCCAAUGAAGAGAUCGACAAGUGUAUGGACCAAGACGGACUAGAAGCGCUCGACUUUCUUCGACUGUCGUAUAAGCCUCCGGCCGCAUUGGGAGCCAUCAUCACGCCCAUCAUAUUGGUGCAAUACGACCGGAUCUUCAAGCUGCUGCUUCGAGCGCUUCGGAUGCAAUACACUAUCAACCGCCUCUUCCGAGAUGUCACCGGCAGGGAGUCGGGUUGGCACGAUGUCGAAGACGUGUCUGUCCGCUUCUGCUUCGAAGCGCGUCACUUUGUUUCCAGCCUCAGCUCCUAUAUAUUCGACACCGGCAUUGAGGUGCCGUGGCAGGCUUUUGAGGGACUGCUUGACAAGGUUGAAUCUGAUCUUCGCAAUGGAGAUCAUCCAACGCUGUCUGGGAGCCCUGACCGUCUGCGGGAACACCAUUCCCAAGUACUCGAUCGGAUCAUGUUGGCACUGCUUCUGCGGAAACGGCAGCAGCCCGUGCUCAAGUUGCUUGACGACAUCUUCCGAGUUAUCUUGAAAUUUGCCAAAUACUCCAGGCUCCGAGCCGAUGGGCAAAGGCAGGAUGACGCAACAGCGAGGGCCCUUUACAAGAACUUUAAGCGUAAUGUCGAGGUGUUUCUGACGGUUUGCAAAGGCUUGAGUGAGAAAGGAGACUACGGAACUAUGAAUGAUGCAGUGGGCCAGGAAGGAAACGCAGGAAGAGUUGGUUCUUUGGAGGGCAACCCCAUUGCACAGCUUCUCCUGAAGCUUGACAUGUCUGGCUACUACUCCAAAACGUGA